CUGCAGUUGGGAAGAAUAGGGAAGACGGAGUAGUAGGUUGAGGUUGAAUUGGGAAGAAAGUGAAAAUGAAAAUCCAUCACAUAGGUUGUCUCCAAGACAACUAUUCCUAUUUGAUCGAAGACGAAACCACCAAAGAAGCCGCUGCGGUGGACCCCGUCGAACCCGAGAAGGUUCUAGAAGUUGCCAACUCUCACCGCCUCACUCUCAAACUCGUCCUCACUACCCACCAUCACUGGGAUCAUGCUGGUGGCAAUGACAAGAUGAAGGAAUUGGUGCCUGGAAUUAAGGUUUAUGGUGGUUCCGUUGAUAAUGUGAAGGGUUGCACUGAUCAAGUUCAAAACGGUGAUAAGAUCUCUUUUGGAGCUGAUAUCACUGUAUUGGCCCUUCACACGCCUUGCCACACCAAAGGCCACAUAAGUUACUAUGUUACUGGCAAAGAGGACGAGCAUCCAGCUGUUUUUACUGGAGAUACACUAUUUAUUGCUAGUUGUGGGAAAUUUUUUGAAGGAACUGCAGAACAGAUGUAUCAAUCACUCAAUGUAACACUAGGUUCAUUACCAAAACCAACUCGAGUAUACUGUGGCCAUGAGUACUCAGUGAAGAACUUGCAAUUUGCUCUGACACUUGAGCCAGACAAUUUGAGGAUCCAACAAAAAUUAACCUGGGCUCAGAAUCAGAGGCAAGCUGGCCAACCAACAAUUCCCUCAACCAUUGAGGAUGAGAUGGAGACUAAUCCAUUUAUGAGGGUUGAUCUAGCUGAGCUCCAGGAGAAAGUGGGCUGCAAGUCACCUGUUGAAGCUUUAGGAGAGAUUCGGAAGCGUAAAGAUAACUGGAGGGGCUAAUGAAACUAGUAUUCUCGUAUGUUCAUGUUCCAUUUUCCUUUUCCUGAUCCAUCCUCAUGAAUAAGACCUUUAUGUAGAUACUGUAACUCUCUGUUUAGCUUGAAAUUGAUAUGGCAGUGUCAGAGGCUUGUCACAUUAGGGGCAUGGAUGGAUUGUGAUUAGCACUGUCACCUACACGUAUACUAUGUUAGUUUGUCCAAAUACUGGGAUGUUCUGUUUCAUCCGUGUUAUUUACUUGUGAACUUCAAAAUCAAUUAUUUUCUGUUUUUUAAUUUUUGUUUCUUUGAUCUAGACAAGAAUGAGAAAGGGAUAGAAAACAAUGACUUGCUUCUUUAUAUAAUUUUAUAAUUUGUUUGUUUU